AUGCACACCAACCCACCCCCACCACCCUACACUCAUUCUUCCUCCCCUUCCUCUCCCUCCUCCUCCCCCCCCAUAACCCAAACCGUCGCCACCAGCGCCGAACUAACCGAGCUCCUCCUCCUGCGCACUCAAAUGCGCGAAUUCAUCAACCCCAUCUUAGACCACACCCCCCAACUUUCUCAACAAACCGAGCAAAUCGCACUUCUCGAGAUGAAGAACCAACAACUUCAAACGCAGAUGCAGAUGCUUUGGACGGAGUUUGAUAGGAGACGUGAGGAAGGGCAUGCAACGGUAAGGGAGAGAGCGGUUCGGAGGGAAAUGGUAACAUUAGAGGAGUUUGUGAGGUUGUUGAAGGUUACUUUGGUGAUUGUGGUGACGAGGAUGGUUUUUUCGCUGCUUUGGCUUUUGUUGAAGAUUGCGGGGGUUGAGGGGAUUUGA